GGUUCCAUCUGGACAAACACGUCAAGCGCAUCUAAUUAUAUUGUAGACUGAUGAAUUCUUCGCUCAAAAGCCUAUUUUUGACUUAUAUCUAGAGAGAUAACAAGAAUAAUGGAACCUUGAAUAUUUUUAAUACUUGAUUGAUUAUGCAAUGUUAUACAGCCAUACGAAAAUCGUAAACUGGUUGACAUUUUCAUCAUCAAUCAAAUGUAAUUUAGUAUCAAGCCCAAUUUAGUAAGCAUAUGAGAAAUGUUGCGUCGCAUGUCAAAGGAAAACGCCGGCUACCCUACAGGGCAUAGAUAUAUUGUACCAAUAUUUGAAAGCAAGACAGCAAUUGGUGAUGUCUAAAUCAAUUUCUGUUCCUAACUCAUGGCUCGAAGACUAAAGAAAGCGACCUAUAAAUUCUCAAAUCAUUGGAUUUAAGAUGGAUUCGAUGUAAGAAAUCCUCCUUUUUAUAGGAUAGUGACUGUUAACCAAUUCAAGACGAUAGCUGCGAACUUGUAUCUCUCCCACCAGUUAAUACUAGUUUAAUCAACAAAGUUAACUUUGCUAAUAAGCAACAGCUUUAGUGAAUGGCAGGGAUAAAAAAAAAUUUUAAUUGCGGGAAGCUGUGGCAUUACAUUCGAUCUUCGAAAGGAAUUCUUGCCGGUUUGGUACUAGGCUUUUUGGCCACUCAGCUUUUAGCACCAUCUUCUUUAUAUGAAUCUUUCGAAAGUGAACUUCGUCGACAGCCAACACUUUUGCAGACGAAAACUUCGAAGCCUCAAAUGAGACAUUGUCGCAUUCUCUGCUGGAUUACUACUUCCCCCAAAACCCACUCCAGAGCACAGCUAAUCAAGGAGACUUGGGGAAGACGAUGCGACAAGUUAUUGUUCGUGAGUUCCGCGCAAGAUGAUAGGUUGCCGGACGCUGUCGUUUUACCGAUGAACGACACGUACGAAAAUCUGUGGGGAAAGACUAAAGAAGCUCUCAAGUAUCUUUACCACCAUCACUUGGAUGACGCUGAAUGGUUCUACAAAGCAGAUGACGAUACGUAUGCUGUGUUGGAAAAUAUGCGCUAUUUGCUUUCGUCUUUCAACUCUUCUGCAGCUAUUCAUCUCGGCUUCAAAUACAAAAAUCCUAAUGUUCAACAAGGAUUCAUGUCUGGCGGUUCAGGAUAUGUUUUGAGCAAAGAAGCUAUCCGGCGAUUUGUUGAAAUUGCUCUGCCAAAAAUGAACUCGUCAGACAGUAGCAGCAAUACCAGAGGCAGCUUGUGCGUUUCCGGCCCCAAAGGACACGAAGAUGUCAAUUUGGGAAGCUGCUUAGAAAACGUAAACGUGACAGCUGGUGAUUCUCGGGAUGAAAACAAGUUAGAACGCUUCUUGCCUUUAAGUUUGAAUAGUAUGAUAAAGUUCCCUACUGACACAUUCUUGCAACAGUGGGCGUUCUAUCCCAUUAGACAAGGUAUGGAGUGUUGUUCACCUUACGCAGUUUCUUUCCACUAUGUCAAAGAGUAUGAGCUUAAGGUCUAUGAGUACCUAAUCUAUGGCCUCCGUAUUCACAACUACAUUGAACCUUGAAAUAUUGAACGAUUCUACCUCUGCGAGAUUCGAAACAAAAUUUGGAAUGGAAAUUUUUUUUUACGAAUACGCAAUACAAUGUUUAAAUGUGAAAG